ACAGAGAGGCACUCUAGCUCCGUCCUGGGAUCACAUCCAAUCAUUUGGGAGAGAAAUGUUGUGACAGUGUUCCAGAUAAUAGAAUCUGAUUUUUUGGGGAUAUUUUUUAAAAGGAGAUAAAUUCAGGGUGAGUUUGUGCAGAGCUGGCACAUGUUUGUGCGUAAAAACAGCACCGACUGACAGCAGCAGCUACAGUAGAGCUGCUCUCUCUCAGUGCUGGUCACUUCUCAUGCAGAGCGCGUCUGCGGAGAGAACCGCCGAGCUCUCUGCGUCCUUCACACUCUCCACGAGCGAGGACAGUGAGCCAAAAAAACACAGCACAAAGUGUCGGAACAUUAUCGCGUGCUCUUUUAUUUGGUGGACAAUCAGGCCGGAGUCUGUCGGGAACCGGAUAUCUGAUCGGGAAGUCAGCGCGUCCUCGUGCUAUCUCGCUGUAAGGAGGCAACAGAAGAGGGUAGACAGCGUGGUUUGAAUACAGAUGAGAGCAACUAUUGACACCUCCAGCCCACUAGUCUGCUGUGCGCGCGGUCAAAGCUGAAAGGACGUGGCUGCAAAGGAUCCAGCUUUAUAUCUAUUAUCCAUAUAGAUGCUUGUAUAGCAGCUGAGCAUAUUUUCUUAUCUUUCUUCUGGCCACCUGCCAUCGGUUCUCCUGGAAGCGCACAGAAAACCAAUAGAUCUUACCCCCCUAAAACCCCGAAUCAGGCGAGAGCCGUGUGCGUCUCUGACAUGCUGUAAGUUCUGGGUAUCUGGACUGGACCUGUAUUAUGGCUUCGCUGUAUCAGAGAUUCACCGGGAAGAUCAAUACCAACAAUUCGUUUCCGCACCCACCUGAGGCCAGCCACCUUCUCGGUGGACAGGUUGCAGACGAGGAAAACGCAGCGAAGACCCCUCAGCAGGUCGGCGAUGGAAGACCUUACGUGCAGUACCGCAAAAAAUGCGUGAAGGAGGACGAGGAUGACCUGGUGGGCAGUGCUCCUCCGCAGAGGAACUGGAAAGGAAUAGCCAUCGCCCUGUUGGUCAUCCUCAUCAUCUGUUCCCUGAUCGUCACCUCCGUCAUCCUGCUGACCCCUCGUGAGGAUGACAGCCUUGCCCUUAAGAAGAAAGUAACCAUUGAGGACGUUUUUGGUCCUGACCUUCGCAUCCAUGACCCAGAUGCCAAAUGGCUGAACGACAAUGAGCUUCUGUUUCGUACAAGGGAAGGAGACGUCGUCAAGCUUAAUGCUGGCACGAAGGCGAUAACUGUUGUCGUGCCACACCAGUUGUUUGACAGAUCCAAAGCCGCCAAGUACCAAGUGUCUCCAGACAUGCAACAUGUUCUGUUUGCCUUUGAAGUGAAACCGAACUACCAACACUCCUAUGUGGCCAAGUACAUUAUUUACAGCCUUGUGACACAGGAAACUUGGCCUCUAAAUCCCCCUGAAGUGCAUGAAGCUGCCCUGCAGUUUGCUGGAUGGGGACCCCGAGGCCAGCAGCUGAUCUUCAUCUUUGAAAACAACAUCUACUACAGAGCAACAGUAGUGAGCCCAGCAAUCCGCCUGGUGGCAACUGGGAAGGAAGGAGUUGUGUUCAAUGGCCUCGCCGACUGGCUCUAUGAGGAGGAGAUCUUGCAGACCCACAUAGCCCACUGGUGGUCUCCAGACGGGCUGCGUCUGGCCUACAUGACCAUCGAUGAUACACUGGUGCCCAAAAUGGAAGUCCCCUUUUUCACAGGAGCACCGUACCCUGCCAAUUUGGAGUAUCACUACCCAAAGGCCGGGGAGGAAAACCCUGUGGUUCACCUGUCAGUGGUGAGCCUCAAUGGUCCCCUGCACACUGUGGUGAUGAAGAAACCUGAUGACCCCCGGAUAGGGAGGGAAUAUUACAUCACCAUGGUGAAAUGGGCCACCAGCACUAAACUGGCUGUCAACUGGCUGAACAGAGCUCAGAACAACUCCAUCCUGACUCUGUGUGAGGCAACAACUGGAGUUUGUGUUAAGAAACAUGAAGAUGAGAGUGAGAGCUGGUUGCACAGACAGAAUGAAGCGCCGCUCUUUUCCCAGGACGGACACAAGUUUUUCUUCACCAGAGCGAUCCCUCAGGGGGGGAGGGGGAAGUUUUUCCACAUCUCCAUGUCUACAUCUUUGCCCAACACUAGCACAGACAUCCUUCAGUCCCUGACCUCUGGAGACUGGGACGUCACUAAAAUCUUGGCCUACAACCAUGGAAGGAACCUCAUAUACUUUCUGAGCACAGAGGACGACCCUAAACGGCGGCACUUGUACAGUGCCGACACAAUCCCUCCAUUCAACCGCUGCUGCCUGUCUUGUGAGUUUGUUUGUGGCUACGUGGAUGUCUCAUUCAGCCACAACAUGCAAUACUUCCUCCUCAACUGCAAAGGUCCGAAUGUACCGAGUGUGGCUGUCUAUAAAACCCAGGACAGGCAGAAGGUGUUAGACGUGGAGACAAAUGAAAGCGUUAACACCACCUACAACAAAAUGCAGAUGCCCAAAGUGGAGAACAAGACCAUCAUCAUUGACGACUACACUCUGACCAUGGAGAUUCUGAAGCCAGCUGGGUUCAUAGAAACAGCACAUUACCCCUUACUGCUGCUGGUGGAUGGCACUCCAGGUGGACAGAUGGUGUCGGAGCAGUUUCGGGUGGACUGGGCCACCGUUCUGGUCAGCAGCUUCAGCACCAUCGUCAUCCGUUUUGACGGCCAUGGCAGCGGCUUCCAGGGUACCAACUUCCUCCACAAAGUCAGGAGGAAACUGGGCAAACUGGAGGAGAGGGACCAGCUUGAGGCUCUCAGGUUGAUAUCCAAAGAGACGUAUGUUGAUAAAACUCGGAUGGGAGUUCAUGGAAAGGCAUACGGAGGAUAUCUAGCUACUAUGCUUCUGAGCUCUGAAGAGUUCCCUGACCUUAAAUGUGGCACGGCGGUCUCCCCCAUCACAGAUUUUGAGCUAUACGCGUCUGCAUUUUCAGAGCGAUACCUUGGCUCGAGGACAGAUUCCAGAGUAUAUACGAUGGCGAAUUUAGCACACAGAGCGGGUCAGCUCGCGCAGAAGCAGUAUUUAAUAAUUCAUCCAACAGCUGACGAAAAGGUUCACUUCCAACACACAGCUAAAUUUAUUAACCAUCUAAUCAGUGAGAAGGCCAAUUACACUCUACAGAUCUAUCCUGAUGAGGGACAUUUCCUACACAGCGACGGCACACAGCAGCACCUCAGUCAGUCCCUGGUCAACUUCUUCGAGGAGUGUUUCCGAGUACCGGAUAAGAAGUCAAAGAAUGAGGAAGAGGAAGGGGACGACAGUUAGGCACCUUCAUCUGAUCAGCCAGAUACUACAGCACAAUAUGCAACAAAAACUUACAUACCCACUCAAACAACCACACCUGCUGUCCAAUCAGAUUUGAGCUUCACUCUGUGGCGCAGCACCUGCAUGUGCAAAGGAGCCUCAGAGGUCUCCAUCCCCUCUCCUCUCCUGUCUUCUCCUCUCCUUGUGCUGGCUGCUGGUCAGGAGGAUGAAAUUAACCUCAGAUGUGAACGAUCAUGUCUCUGCUAGUGGAAUUGAUGGACAAGUGCUCCCUCUGGUGGACAAAUAGAGGACCUACAUGACAUCCAUUGAGCAACUUGUCUCCAUUCCAAACCUAGGCACAUUAACCGAGCGCUUUGCAGCACAAAAUAUCCCUCCUAAGAUCAGAGCAUUAUGUUGAGAGUUACCUUUUGAAUGGCUGCCAGUUUAUGAUAAACAGCCGGACAACUUACAGAUUACUGUGUUCAUUAGUACGAUUACUGCUACUUGUUUCUCCGAGUUUCUCUGUUUAAUGUCGUGUCUAUGAGUGGAUGACGUCUCUGGAAGCAUCAGUCCUAUCUUGCUCUAUGAAUCACGCGCACAAUGUUCAACUCAUGUUGUCCUCCAGAAAACAAGGUGUCCAUAUGAAAAUGUGAAGAAGUCAGAUUUCCCUCCUCAUGUUUUCUGAAUCAGAGUUGUUCUUUCCAGUCACCGUGCCUUACUGCAGAUGAAAUGUUCAUGUUAGGAGCCCACAUGACACUGACAGUGAAUACAUGAGGAAAGGCCUUGUUAACUCAAAACCAGAUCACAGAUUACGGUUGAAUUUUUCUUGAAUGACAGUUUUUAGAGGGGGAAGUCUAAAUCCCAAAGUAUGGCACAUUUUUUUCCCAAAAUAUGGGAAGAAGUGACCACAAAUUGUGUAAUUGUUCGCCUCUUUGAAAGAUGGUAUAAUACUGCUGAAAGUGUUACAAGUAUUUGGUUUGCAGUUAUUACUUUUCAAGCUGACAUACUGGUGAGUUGUUUGUGCUGAUUUCUUUUUUUAAACUGUUAAAUGGCUUGACUCUCUCCCCACGUCUCUUCUGUUUCCUUUGUCAGUGGUUUGUAGUCAGCUGAUGUACAAAGUGUAUAAAUCUUAUAUUGUUUAAGUCUUUAUGUUGUAUGUGUAACUUGUAUAUAAAGCAUUUUGAAAUGUA